AUGUUGCCUUUACAUCAAGGCGACAAAGAAUACUCUGCUGGGUCGAAGAUCAGACAGAAAGCAGCAGGAUGGCUGAGAUUAAUAUUCUCAGACAGGACGUCAAGAAAUCUAUUUUUUUUCAUGUUGGUGAAUCUCUCUUUUGCUUUUGUUGAACUCACUUAUGGAAUCUGGACAAAUAGCUUGGGCCUCAUUUCCGAUUCCUUCCACAUGUUUUUUGACUGUACAGCCCUGUUAGCUGGUCUAGCAGCCUCAGUUAUAUCAAGAUGGAAAGCAACAGAAGCAUAUUCAUAUGGGUAUGUGCGUGCAGAAAUUGUAGCAGGAUUUGUGAAUGGACUUUUCUUACUUUUCAUUGGAUUUUUUAUCUUUUCUGAAGCUGUAGAGAGAUUGGCUGAGCCUCCAGAAGUGAAGCAUGAGCGACUCUUCCUUGUGUCUGUAGCUGGCUUUGCUGUCAAUAUAAUAGGAAUUUUUGCCUUCCAACAUGGACAUGGUCAUUCUCAUGGUGGAGGAGGUCAUGGUCAUGGUCAUUCUCACGGUGGACAUGGACACAGUCAUGGCCUAGGAAUGCAGUCAAACAGUGAACAAGACAACCAUGGUCAUAGUCAUGAAGGACAUGGACAUUCUCAUGGUGAAUCAACAACAUCUAAUUCUCAAAUCAUGCAAGGUGUAUUUUUACAUAUAUUAGCUGACACACUAGGAAGUGUUGGAGUGAUAAUCUCCUCGGGGAUGAUUCAUUAUUUUGGGUGGAUGCAGGCAGACCCUAUUUGUUCCUUAUUUAUAGCUGUAUUAAUUACAAUAAGUGUUUUGCCAUUACUCCGAGACUCUGUCGGUAUUCUUAUGCAAAGAACACCCAGGGCAUUGGAAUCACAGCUACCAUCGUGUUAUAAUAGAGUGGGUCAGUUAGAGGGAGUCUACAGUGUCCAGGAACCACAUUUUUGGACGUUAUGCAGUGAUAUCUAUGUUGGAACGAUAAAACUAGAAGUCUCGUCUAAAGCUGAUGCCAAAUACAUUUUAAGUCAUACACAUAAUUUAUUUACACAGAUAGGAGUGAGGCAAUUAUAUGUACAAAUUGACUAUUCUGCAAUGUAGCUGUCAAGUACCAAGUGACCUUCACCUCUGCAUAUUCACUUGACCUCUGACCCCUGACCAUCAACAUAAGUUUCAUUAGUAUGCUCAUUCAUGUUGUAUGACUUAAUGUGUAAGUAGAUGUGUGAGAAGUUACUGUAAUGCUGGCAUUAGUAUUAACCACAUGAUGAGAGUCAAGUGUAUGUAUGAGAGGAAUGCAAUAUUUUUCUGUGAUCACUGAUUAUCACCAAAACUUCUGGUCCCUGGUUUAGACGUAGACUUAGUUUCAAACUUUAUUCUUGAUUAAAACAUUCUUCCCUCAUUUUUAAAGGAAUAAGUUAAACUCUAUCUGAGAAUAUUUAAGUGUACUUAAAUGUGUACUGCUAUUAUUAGAUUUAUUGG